AUGGCAGGCCGUGCGAAGACCGACGCCGCGAAGGCUGACAAGUCCAAGGCCGCAGGCCCUCCCCCGAACCAGACGCUCUACUGCAGGAACCUCACCGACAAGAUGCCGAAGAAGGACCUCAAGCGCGAGCUUUACCUGCUCUUCAGCACCUACGGUAGCGUCCUCGACAUAGUCACGAUGAAAACAAUGAAGAUGCGCGGUCAGGCGCAUAUUGUCUUCCAGGACAUCUCUAAGGCGACGCAGGCCAUGAGAAACCUCGAUGAGAAGGACUUUCACGGCAAGAAGAUGAUCAUCCAAUACGCCAGGUCCAAAUCCAACUUCGUUGCGAAGCUCGACGGCACCUUCAACCAGCCCCACGCUGCCCAGCCAACCCCUGCUCCCGCUCCUACGACUUCUCUCCAGCAAUCCAUCUUCAACAACCCGCCAUCUGCGCUUCCCGCCCCUCCGGGUGUAAAUGGGGUUGACAGCCCCGCGAGCGUGGAUAGCUCGAAGAGAAAGAAUGAGGAUCUGGAGGCUGGUGAUGCCAAGCGCACCAAGAUCGAACAGCCCCCGGCUGACGAGGAGGACGACGAUGAGGCCGAGAUGGAGAUGGACGAAUCCGAUUGA